AUGAUAUUUUGAUUUACAUAAUAUUUUAAAAUUCAGAAAACGUUUUGACCAUCGAACAUAUUUUAUUGAAUUAACUGCGCAGUGAAAUUCCUCAAAAUGCCCGUAGAAAAAGAUUCCAAAGAAUAUAUCCAAGAAGUUUUUCAAGCUAUAUCGACGAACGAUUUUGACAAACUUCAGGAUUUAUAUUCACAACAUGCUAUGAGUACAGAAAUUUUAGACGAACAUGGCAUGACUCCCUUACAGCAUGCUGCCUACAAAGGAAAUGAACAAAUAGUUAGAUGGCUUCUGCACAAAGGUGCUGAUGUCAAUUCUGGAAAACACAAAUACCAGUAUACGGCAUUACAUUUUGCAGCACUCAGCGGUAAUUCUGUUGUGUGUAGUUUAUUGCUAGGCGCUGGAGCCAAAAGUGAGGUCACCAAUUCGGUCGGUCGCACAGCCUCGCAGAUGGGUGCUUUUGUGGGCAAUCACAAUUGUGUAGCUGUCAUAGGUAAUUAUGUACCUGAAGAAGAAGUCAUGUGUUAUACAAUAUCUGAGUCGGUUGAUAGUGAGCCACAAUUGCCACCUGUGUUAGGGCCUCUUGUUCACAAGUUUAUCAUGAUGACUAAUAUACAUCCAGUCAAAGUAGCUUUAGACAUACCACCAGUCUUUUUGAUAGAUGAUAAUGCAUCAAAAAUUUACAAAGUCUUGAAUGUGAUGUGUGAGCGUGAAAUACAAAAACAACUGGAAACUAAUGAAGUAAUGGCUUUUAAGUUUCAUUAUUUAGCUACAAUUUUAAUUGAAAUAGCCAAACACAAUGAUAUGAAAGGAGAAAAGCAGUCGGAUCCCAAAGAAUAUUUCAUUAAAAAAAUACUAAAAAGUGAAAGUUAUUUGGAACAAUUUCUUAAGGAUGCCAUUCGAAUGUUUCCUUACAGAGAUUGUACGAUUUUUAGACAGAUGGUCGCCAGUUUGACAAGGGGCAAAGAUAGUAUGUCGGCUUUAAAUGUGGUUUUGGUGAUGAUUGGUAAUAGAAGGGGUAUGGGAGUCGACUCAUUUGGCGAGGACCGUGUGUGUGGUACAUGUGCCGAAACUAAUGCUACCAAAAAAUGCGCCAAAUGCAAGGCUGUGCAAUAUUGUAACCGCGAAUGUCAGCGCAUACAUUGGUUUGUGCACAAAAAGGAGUGCAACCGCGAUGCCAAUAGUGGAAACAUACAAACUACUAUUGAUAGUACACAUGUGGCUGAAAGUCUGGCUGAACUCGGUGUUAAGUAAAGUCGCCGAGUAGACUAUAUAUAACUAACUUUUUGAUUGAUUAAUAUAUUGCAUACUAAACUUUAAUUAGUUUAUAAACAAUUACUUAUUGUAUUAACACAAAAAACUGACAUUUAUUUAUCUGUACUUUCCAAUUACUUUUAAAAUAUUUGUUGUAAUAUAAUAUUUUAAGCCAACAA